ACGGGGUCCCGCUGGGCUUGGCCUCGCCGCCCCGAGCAGCACUGUGCCUCGCAAACCCGGCCCCAGGUUAUUUUCAGAACAAUUGGUUGGCCGGGCUUCAAAAAUGUCUCGGGCUUGUUUUUGGAGGAGACCAAAAUCUGCAAGCCGUCAGCACGGGACGAGCAUGGCGGGGUGCCGGAGCAGCCGGCGGGAGCGCGGCUUGGCCAGGGUGGCAGGUCCUGUGCCAGGGCAGAGCUGGGCUGGAUGGGGCCCCAUGCACAAUGGUGCAGGAACCAUCCAGGGGCUGCAAACCACUUCCCCUGGGAAGGGGAAACCACGAGGCAGUGUGUGCCCAAGCCUCUGGGAGGGGAGCGAAGCCCUGGGCUGGGAACGGGAUGGCUGCCGGGCGUAUGGAGGUGGUGGAUAGCAAAUUAUUUUCUAUUUGUCCUUGUGAAUCCCAAAUUUGCCGUCCACCUUUCAGUGAAGCUCUUCCAGGAAGGCAGCCUGGGCCCUGCUCCAGCCUCUUGGGUGCUGCCCAAGGUAGACGUGCGGGUCGUGCCUGGCCUCCCACCCUCUCUCCGAGCCCCUUCCUUUGCACCCAACGCGUGCUGGCGGGCGAACCCCGGCUCCCCCAGUCUCUGCCGUCCCACUUUUAUUGAUUCCUAGCUUAUAUGAAAGGAGCGGAGAGGGCAAGGAUUGAUUCUAGGCAAAUACUACAAAGGCAUCUACAGUUGCGGCUGGGAAGGACCUGGUUCGCUGUAAUUAUCGUAGUUAAAAUAUAACUUAAUGAAAAUGCUACCUCUGUCCCCUGGGCUCCCGUGUCCUCCGAACGCUGGCGUGGGUGGCCAGAGGUCCCCGCGGGGUGCGUGUCCCAGGUCUGGUGGCACGAGGGGGACCCAACGUGGCGUUAGCAUGGCCGGUGCUUGACUUCCUUGCCCCACGGAGAGCCGAAUUCGGCAGCCGGCGUUGGAAUUAACUGUGCUGGGGUUUGCUGCCUGCACCGCUGGCAGAGGCAUGUGUGCGGGAUCCCCAUCGCAGCCCUGCCUGCACGCUGCUGCCUGCUUUCCAUCCACUGGCUACUCUUCCCCAGGGAUCCCGAGGUGCUGCAGAGCUGGAGAGCCCCUGGGAGCCGUGUCCCGGCAGCCCCCCACCCCUCAGCACACGGCUGCACAUCCCGGAGACACCAUGAUCCCCAGCACAGGCCCCCGGGGCUGCUGCCUGCUCAUGCUGCUCUGCCUUCUCCCCUGCCCGCGGGUCUGGGCGGGCAGGGAUGCCGCGGGACUGGAGCUCUCCGCAGCCUCCUUCCUGCAGGAUCUCCUCCAGCGGUAUGGCGAGAGUGAAACUCUGAGCCUGAAGCAGCUCAAGGCCCUGCUGAACCGCCUGGAUGUGGGAGUGGGGCACGCCAAUGUCUCCCAACCGCCGCAGCAGAGGGUGAACCUCUCCCGGUGCUUCAGCUCCGUUGAGCUUUUCGCCAUCCACAACCUGAGCGAGGGCUCCGCCGUGGGGCACAGCGAGUUCAAGGAGUUUUGCCCCACCAUCCUGCAGCAGCUGGAGUCAGGGGCGUGCGCCUCUGAGAACCUGGAAAAUGAGGAAAACGAGCAGACAGAGGAGAGCAGACCCAGCUCGGCCGAAGUGUGGGGCUUUGGUUUUCUCAGUGUGUCAAUGAUUAACGUGGCCUCCCUGCUCGGAGUCUUCAUCGUACCGUGUACCGAGAAGGCAUUUUUCAGCCGGGUCCUCACGUUUUUCAUCGCACUCUCCAUCGGCACGCUGCUCUCUAACGCGCUCUUCCAGCUCAUCCCAGAGGCGUUUGGAUUCAAUCCUCAAGAAGAUUAUUACGUUUCCAAAUCCGCCGUGGUGUUCGGGGGCUUCUACCUCUUCUUCUUCACGGAGAAGGUCCUGAAGAUGCUCCUGAAGCAGAAGGACCAGCAUCACCACGGGCACAGCCACUACGGCCCCGAGGCUCUGCCUUCCAAGAAGGACCAGGAGGAGGGGAUCACGGAGAAGCUGCAGAACGGGGACCUGGACCACAUGAUCCCGCACAUAACCAGCGAGUUGGAGUGCAAGACCCCCUCUGGGGACGAGAAGGUUGUGGUGGGCUCCCUCUCUGUCCAGGAUCUGCAGGCCUCCCAGAGCGCGUGUUACUGGCUGAAGGAGGUGCGGUACUCCGACAUCGGCACGCUGGCGUGGAUGAUCACCCUCAGUGACGGCCUCCACAACUUCAUCGACGGGUUGGCCAUCGGGGCCUCUUUCACCGUCUCCGUCUUCCAAGGGAUCAGCACCUCCGUGGCCAUCCUCUGCGAGGAGUUCCCGCACGAGCUGGGGGACUUUGUCAUCCUGCUGAACGCCGGGAUGACCAUCCGCCAAGCGCUCUUCUUCAACUUCAUCUCUGCCUGCUGCUGCUACGUGGGCUUGGCCUUUGGCAUCGUGGCCGGCAGCCACUUCUCUGCCAACUGGAUCUUUGCGCUGGCCGGAGGGAUGUUUCUGUACAUUGCGCUGGCUGACAUGUUCCCUGAAAUGAAUGAAGUCAGCCAGGAGGACGAGCAGAACGGCAGCAUGCUGAUCACCUUCGCCAUCCAGAAUGCAGGGCUGCUGACGGGGUUCACCAUCAUGGUGCUGCUGACCAUGUACUCCGGCCAGAUCCAGAUAGGGUAGGACCAGCCCGACUCACAGCCCUGUUCCAGUUUUUCCGCUUGUUUUUUUGUUUGGUUGG